GUGCUCAGAAAGUUGUUCCACCUUCCACCAAGAUGCUGGAUGAGGAGGACACUGACAAAGACGGGAUGAGUUUGGAGGUCGACACUCCAGUGACGAACCAUCGGGGUGACGACGACGAUGACGAAGAAGAUCUCCCCGAGAUAGUGCUGGAUGACGUGCCUGCGGUGAGGGUGGCGGGACGGCCUCCAUUCGCUCCGCGGGUGGCCUUCAUGGUGAACAAAACACAUGACCCCGAGUACCCGAGGCGGAAGGUGUCCGGCAUCAGUGCUCAGAAAGUUGUUCCACCUUCCACCAAGAUGCUGGAUGAGGAGGACACUGACAAAGACGGGAUGAGUUUGGAGGUCGACACUCCAGUGACGAACCAUCGGGGUGACGACGACGAUGACGAAGAAGGUGGGUCUUCCUUGCUGGCAUUGGUUGGGGAGGCACCAGAUCCGGGGUUCCUUUUGGGAAAGAGGGUUGCUCCCAGCUCAUUCCCAGCCAUAGUGAUGCCCAAGGUGUACACGCCCUGGACACAAGUCUGCCCUGUAGAUGGUGCUUUGUGGCAAGAUAGGAGGCCCGGGAAGCGAGGUCCACACGUGAGCACGUGUGGUGUGAGCGUGUGGUUCCCCAGAACCUCUUGCCUGUUUCCGCCGCAGAGAGACGCGUCAGCUUCGUGGAGGACAAAGGCCACCCCCUCUGCAGAGCUUCUCUGCGUUCAUGCAUUCUCCCUUGACCACCGCUGCUCCCAAGUUGGCUCAAUGUCCCCGUUGCUCAGGUGGAGAGGGUGCCCAAGCCCUUGACCUCCUACGUGGAAAAGCCAAAGGGGGACCCAGGCCGGGUUCCCCAUGGGGUUGCUCUGGACCCCUGACCUGUGCCUCUCCCUCAGCAGGGAGUCCUCAGUCAUGGAGCCCUGAGGGGCGAGGGCCCCUGUCCCCCGUCCAUGGUUGGGUGUAGCAGGGACUCCAGAGGUCCUGUAACACCUGCCCAUCUCUAGAAGGUGGGCGGUCGGCGCUGGUGUCUUUGCUUCAACUUGGCCAAAAGAGAUCGGGCUCGGGGGUGUGUUUUCUCGUGUUGGAUGGUGUCACGUCAAGGCUUCCAACUGACCACCCUAGGUGGCACACACCCGGGGGCUGUUGCACAUAAGAGCUCAGCGUGAAACCCCAUCGUCAGCCUGGUGUCCAGCACCAGGGUACAGAAGCGUCUGCAGCCCUGGGCGAGGAGGAGUCAGUGCUGAGUCUUUGCGUCUCUCCGUGACGAACUGUCCCAACUCGUUGUAAGGCUCCUAUGAGUGUGGGUAGCCUUUCACUCAGGGGACAUGCACGCCUCAUGUGGCACAGGGAGACGGGGGAGAACAAGCAGGAUGUGACUGAACGUGGCUGUUUUUGAGGGUAGGGUUUCCGUAGCGUCACGUCGUCUGUACUUGAUUUUCUUUGCGACAAGUAGGGUGGCAAAUACAGUUACCGGUAUGCUUUCCUGGAAUCGAAAUUAGCCCUCCAGGACAGUUGAAAGUUUUAAUCAACGGCAAUGUCUUAGGGAAGAUGCAGCGAGUGCAGUAAAAACAACGGUGACUCUUGGGGCGCAGAUGAUCUGGGAAGAAGUCCAGCAGACCCUGGCCAUUUAGCAGACAUUUCAGACGGGCAGGAGAUGUCUGGGUCCCUACGCUCCCAAGAGAGCUUGCACUUGCGUGUCAUUGCCCAUCGAUGAGGGUCCCCUUUGCUAGAAAACCACAGCUCUGGUUUCCUGUCUUGCCUGCCCUUCUCCUUUGCGUUCCUUCCUGCACCAAAGGGGCUGGCCCAGCAGCAGCUCAGUGCGCACUUACCAGCCACGCACAUCCAUUCACUGGCUCCCCACGUCGUCCUCAUCAGGAAAAACUCCCAGCGGGAUUCCUGAGCGUCACGCCCAGUGUCCUGACAGUUCCUCUGUGUGCCUCCAGA